UGCGCAUGUCAUCUGGUCGCUUCCGCUUGAGCUGUCUGCUGAUCGAGGCUUUUGCGAGAGCUUCAGUUUGCCGUGCGGCGAGAACCGUGCCUGGUGAUACCGAUAUAAUAAUACCCGCGGUUUAACGUUUCUCCUCCUCUAUCUCUCUCUUAUCUACUAUAACACUCUGUGAGUGCCGUGUUAAAUCUCACCUCAAAUUUAUUAACUAAAUAACCUAACUAAAAACGCCGACAAUAUGAGCUGGAAAGAUUACGUAGACAAACAGCUCGUUGCCUCCCGUUGUGUGACCAAGGCUUGUAUCGCCGGCUUAGACGGCAACGUCUGGGCUAAAAGUGAUGGUUUCGAGGUAACAAAGGAUGAAUUGGUAAAAUUAGUAAGCGGUUUUGAAAAGCAAGAUAUCCUGACGUCGUCGGGUGUAACCUUAGCCGGGAAUCGUUACAUUUACCUUUCCGGUACGGACAGAGUGAUCAGGGCCAAGUUAGGGAAGGUUGGCGUGCAUUGCAUGAAGACCACGCAAGCUGUUGUAGUUUCCUUAUACGAAGAUCCCAUCCAACCCCAGCAAGCCGCGUCCGUUGUAGAAAAGCUAGGAGAUUACUUAAUAAACUGCGGUUACUAGAGAUAGUGCGUCGGCCGCGAUCGUCGUCAAAUACAGCGGCAUAAAAAACAACAAAAAAAAGCAACAAAAACAAACUAAAAAAAAACUAUGUAUCAGUAAAAUUUUUCCAUCUAAUUCAAAAAAAAUAUACUGAAAAAACACAUAAAAAUGCCAUAAAUGAGUCAUCCGCAACCGUGUGCGUAUUAAUUCAUAAUUAAUAAAUAUUAACAUUAACGGGUGUGUCAAAAAAAUUUAUUUAAAAAAACUAAAACGUUUCUCCGCGCGUAAAUGCUACAUAUACAUGCUAAAAGAAAUAGUUUUCGAUUUUUUUUUGUUAUAUUUUGAUUUAUAUAUAAAUUUUUUUUGAAUGAACGCCGCUUCGAUAUAGAAGAGAAAUAAAUUUAAAUUUAGUUGUUAAAUUUAGGUCAAUUUCGUUUGGGAAAUUUUACAGUAUGCAUUUUCUUUUACUACAUUAAAGUAUUAUACGAUUAUUGUAAAAUUGCUCAAACGAAAAUAUAUAAAAAAAGAAACGGGAAAUUUUUGCGUGUUUUUUUAAUUAAUAUUAUAUCUUUUUUUUUUCGAUUUAGACUGUGGUCAUUAUUAAAAAAAAAAAUAAAAAAAAAAGAACUAAUAUAAUUAUUACGAUAGAUUUUUUUUAAGUAGUGCCAGAGUGCUGUGAAUUUUUUUAAGUCCCCCUCUGCGUAGAAAUUAAUAAGAAAAAUGCGGGGCAGGUCUAAAAAAAUUAAACGCACACCUGAUUAAUAAUUAUCAUGUCUCGUAUCGUCUUUAUUUUUUAUUUUUCACCGCUUUUUUUUAUUGACCAUCAUCGUAAUAUUACUAUCUUAUCAACUAUACGGAAGAAAUAAGAAGAAAAAAAACAAUUUGAUACUGAAAAUACAAUAUUAGGGUUUUUAAUAAAAAAUCUCUAGUCCCGCCAAUUCUUCUUUUCUAUUUUAUUCGACCCUCAACCCCCUUUUAUAUUAUCAUACAAAUAUUAAAAUGCUACAGUCGCGUCUCUCCUAAUUUUUUGACCUAAAACAGCUUACUAUUAAAAAAAAUUAUCGGAAUAAAAAAGUAAUAAACAAGAUUUAAAGGGGGAAAACCGGUCAUUGCACAAAAAAAGAAUAAGAAUUAAUAAAUAAAAAAGUAAUAUAAGUACAUACAUAUUUUUUAUUCCGAUAUACGCUUAAAAAAGUCUCCAAGCUUCUUGUAUUAUUACGUCUUAUUAUUAGUAUAUUUACUCUCCUCUUAAAUAAAAGAAAAAAACGAAGAAAAAAAAUUGGAUUUAAGAAUUCGGUGUGAUUUUAAACGUAUGCGUCGUAAUAAUAAAAAAAAAUAUCGAUUAAGAAACAAUAAAAAAAAAUUAAAACAAUGGAUACAAAAAUAAAGCCGAAAAUUUGCACUAGUUUUUUACGUCACAACCAGCUGCUUGUGAUAUUUGUCAUCAAGGCCGAAAUAAAAAGAUAAUCGACCAAAAGAAUUAAUUAAUUAAUAAUUAAAAGGUAAAAACAAGAGUAAAAGGAUAAUAUCUAUUAAAAUAAAAAUGCUUUGAAACUGAACCGAACCCGAAAAGGCAUCGUUAAAUGCUCAGCCUGGAAAACGCAGGAUAAACGCGUCAUUUUGUUUUGCUUUUUCUCUUUUUUGGUCGUUGGAAGAGGAGAUAAAAAAAGGAGGAGGAGGAAAACGAGAAUAAGUUAGCUUUGUAAAUUUUUUCUCAAUUGCGAGGGAUUACUGUGUCUAAAAAAAGUGAAAUAAUAAAUUUGUAUUAUAUAAAGAAAA